AUGGCUUCAAAUUAUCAUCACCCUCUUGAUGAAAUAGAUUUAAAUAUUGAAUUCAUACAAUCACACAUUGAAGAUGGAAAUAAUCCAAGGAAAAUCUACAAUCAUUUGCAGGAUGUUAACGAUGUUGCGAUGGAUAAUUUCGUCAUCGACCUCAAUGUCACUCCAAGUUCACCGAGUAAUGGUAUGCCUCAACCAACGCAUCCAACAUUGGAUCUCAAUCAAGAACCAAUUUCGUUUUCUGAAGAAAAUAAUGAUCACAGUGUGGAUGGUGAGACUACUACGGAUGAAAAUGUGGAAUUUAGCAAUGAAUCUAUGGAUGAGACAGAUUUUUCCAAAUCAGAAUGCUAA